AAUAGUUGAUUGAUUAACUCGGAGGCCUCCCCUGCAAUACUUUUAAAUUCGAGAUGUGGUCCGAAAUUCUUCCCAAAUUUCAAGAAAUCCAGCAGUGACACCAGGAAGUCCUAAACAGCUCGAGGACGGAGCCGACAGCGAUAGCGACGGCGAGCGGCGAGCGGCGAGCGGCGAGCUCGUCCAUCGCGCCGUUCAUCGCACGCCGUGACGGUGGCCUGUUCCCUAACCUCUCGCGCUCGGUGCGUUCUCGGCCGGAUCGCCAGACCCGACCCGAAUCUCCCCCGGACCCUCCGGUUCUGCCCCUGUUUCACCGAAGCAUCGCUGGCCCAUAGGCGCGUUGAUCGAAGGAAGCGAAGAAUGGUGUGGGGACUUUUCCCGGCGGAUUCGCUCUCAGGUGAAGAGAAGUACUAUAUCUUCAGCAAGGGGACUUAUAAAGUGGGCCGAAAGGGUUGCGACAUAAUUAUCAACAAAGACAAAGGAGUUUCGAGGAUUCAUGCAGAGAUAACUGUCGCUGCAAUGACUGAUGCGAGUCCCUUGGCAGUCGCGUCUUCCGCCUCGUCUGCAAAGGUCCUGAUAAGAGAUUGCUCGAAGUAUGGUACAUUUAUCAACAAAAAUCUUGGCUCCCCGGAAAAGGUUCAUGAGUUCCCUAACAAGCAAGCCACUUUAAAAGAUUGCGAUAUGGUUUCUUUUGGAACUGGUAAUGCAACCUACAGGUUUUGUUUUGUACCACUUGUAUUUUAUGUCGUCUGCUCGGAAUCUCCCUCAUCAUUUCGUUUUCUUGAAGAAAAAGUAUCAUCAAUUGGUGGUCUGGUAACUGAGAAUUGUAGAGAGUGCACACAUGUCCUUGUUGAUCAAUUCAUGCAAGUCGAGGCAAGCCUGCUUGAUGCAGUUGUGGCUAAGAAACAUUUUGUGCUUAGUAGCUGGCUUGAGUAUCUUGCAGGAAAAAAUAUCUUGAAUGAGAUCCCUAGCUACACUUCCCACCUUCCAACAAUAGUAGCUGAAGGAGUAUCAGUCAAAGUUGCCGAACCUAAAGCUCGUGAAACUUGUUUGGGGGGAUAUACUUUCUUAUUGGAACCAAUGCAGAUGUAUAAGUUUGGAGAUAAACUGCAGAUGCUGUUGGGCGUAGCUGGUGCAAAGAUUCUUUCAGCUAAUGAAUUCCAUUUUUCUAGCCAAGCAUUGGAGUUUGAGAAUAAUCGAGUUGUGUAUGUCAUGCCUAGAAGAACUGUGGAUAGUCGCUCCAGCAAAGUCAGUUUAUUGUUUCGAGUUAAUGAACUGGAUUUGGUAUGCGCUGUUUUGUCUGCGCAUCUGGACACUUCCUCACUUAUAUCACCAUCCGUAAUUGUUUCGUCUUCCUGCUCUACGGACGAGACAGUGGUAGCUGACUCAGAGGCAGAAGAUGAAACUGCGACAUCAAUGCGUUUAGCUUCCCCUGUUCAUCUAGAAAAACACACUGUGCCUGACGAUUCAGGAAAAGCUUCCCGAAAUGGUGUUGUAGCUGAUUCAGAAAAUGACCAUGCUAUGAGCAACAAGUAUCACUGUGACGACAUUGUGGUUAGAAGUGAGAGAACCUCCACAUCGACGCAUGCAACUUCCCCUGUUAAUCUAGAAAAACUAACCAUGCCUAAAGAUUCAGGAAAAGCUUCCACAAAUUGUGUUGCAGCUGAAUCAGAAAAUGACCGUGCUAUGAACAAUAAGUACAUCUGUGAUGACAUUUUGAUCAAAAGUGACAGAACCGAUGAGUCUGCUGAAGGAUCUUCAGAUAUUAUCUACAGCCAGGAUUUAAUAGUAAGGCGCACUACUUUACCUGCAACGAGCUCUGUGGAUGGCUCUGGAGUGAACUUUAAACGCUUUAGAAAGAAAAAUACUCCAUCGGGGAAUAGCUUCACCAAUCUCGUUCCAUUUUCAAAAUUUCCUUACAAGGAAUCAGACUACAGAAAUGAGCAACUGGAGGAAUCAGUCAGGGAAGAAAAGAAGAGGAAACAAAUGGAAGCCAUGGCCGAAGACCUAUUUAAUAAUGAUAAGGGAAGAAAGCGUGGGGCUGCGGGUUCCCUUCGCAGGCUUCUUACGCGCAGUUGACUUGGGCAAUUCAAACAAACAGUCACGGCAGCUCCAGUUCACAUCCAGGGAUUAUGUCGAGCCGGGAAAACAGUCGCUGCUCAUGUAACUUUUCCACUGCUCGAAGCCGGAGCUUCGUCUGCAUAUGAGCAUUUUUGGGUUUACAAUGGAAAAGUCAGGCUCUGAAUUUAUUUUGGAGAUGCGGAACCAAUUCUUGCCACACCAUUUGGUUCUUCAAGCUUGGAACCCCGUCCUAGGAGAGAACUCUAUGUUUAUAGAUGAACUGACUAGCUCUCAGUCUUGGAGGCUUGGAGACUUCCCUUUCAUCAAUCGAGACCUCUAACACGUUGGCCAUCGUGUUCUUUUCCGACUUGUGGUAUGCAUUAUCUUCAUGUAAAGUCCUGUGAAUACUGAGCUCUUGUUGCCUUGCUGUCACAUUGGCCACUCUUUUUACCCUCAUGAAUUAUCUUCGGUGGCAAAAGUCAGAUAUAGUCCUUUGCCAA